AUGGCAGUUCAGGAUAAGGAGUUCCUACAAUGGCCCAGGUCUAUGAGGGCAGAAGCAGACCAGCGAAAUCCUGACAAGUAUUGUCAGUAUCAUCGCACUCAUGGCCAUGACACCAAUAAUUGCUACCAGCUGAUUAGUGAGAUCGAAAGGCUGAUCAAGAGGGGACACCUCAGGAACUUUGUGAAGAAGCCGGAGGGGCAGAGGCCUCAGCCGAACCCAGCAGCACAAGCACCCAAGAGGACGGGAACAGGGCCGGUGAAUGAUGGCUCCAGUGGAACCAUUAACAUGAUUGUUGGAGGAACCGGAGGUCGGAUGAGCCGAAGGGGAAAGAAGAGAGGCCGAGAUGGGGAAAGCAGCAGCGCCGAAGUCAUACAGGUAGUUGAGCACUCUCCAGUAACUAUCACCUUCUCUCCGGAGGAUGCUCAGGGUGUUCAGAUGCCUCAUGACGACGCCCUUGUUAUUGAAGCCGUCAUCCACAACUACCGGGUUAAGAAGAUUUUGAUGGAUGACGGGAGUAAGGUGAACUUACUGCCGUACCGGGUCUUCCAACAGAUGGGCAUCCCUGAGGAGCAAUUGGUUCGGGACCAAGCCCCAGUCAAAGGGAUCGAGGGAGUCCCAGUGCCUGUGGAGGGGAAAGUAAAGCUGGCCCUUACUCUAGGAGAAACGCCAAGAACUCGCACUCAUUAUGCGGUGUUCUUAGUAGUCAAACUCCCCCUGAGCUACAACGCAAUACUGGGACGACCUGCACUUUUCGACUUUGAGGCCGUAAGCAGCAUCAGGUAUCUGGCUAUGAAAUUCCCAAUAGAAGCAGGAGUAGGGGUAGUCAGAGGAAGCCAGGAAGAGGCAAGAGCAGUGUACCUGGCCACGGUAUCGAAGCCAAACUCGGUAGGAAAGAAACUUGACUCGAAAGUCCUGGAGGUCUGA